AUGAAGAGGAAAGUUGCAAAAGUUGGGAAAUUGAGGCUUAGUCCUAAUGAAGAAACCAUGCUUCUGAAAGAAGAAUAUGAAAGAAGAAGAAAACUGAGGCUACAGCAAGUUAGAGAGCAACAGAAGUAUAUCGCCUUGCAGAUAAGACAGAAAGUAAAGCAGAGGAGAGAAGAACAACUACAUCAGUUAGAGGAGGCACUGAGAGCUGAAUGGCAGAAAGCACAGGAUCAAAAGAUGAAAGCCUUAGAAAAACUGUAUUUAUCAAGCUUGAGAGCGAUUGGUGAGGGUCACCGACAAGCCAAGGAGAACGAACCUGACUUAGAAGCUCUGGCAAAGCAAGCAGAGGAAAGGAAACAAAGAGCAGAGAAGAGACACAGGAAAGCCCUGAAAGAGCAGAAGUACCAAAAAGAAAAAUUACUUCGUGAGCAAGCCCGACGUACAAAUGCACGUAAACAUGCUCUGGAAGUAGAAAGACAAAGAGCAGCCAAAGUUGCAAGCCUGCCACCUCCUCCGCCACGUCCUCUUGAGAAUUUUGAAGUGAAAAAGACUCCUGCAAUGAAGCCCUACAGUGCUGGCAACUUUUCUGUUACACGUUAUCAUAUUUCUGAACCCUAUGUGGACAGAGAAGUGGAUGGAGAACAGCCAGAUGCUCGGUUAGCUGCUGCUGAAGAAGGGAAGCGUUUGGAGGAACUACACAGAGAAGCAGAGAGGGAAAGAAGAGAGCAGCUUGAAAAGGCACAUCUCAGAGGAAGUCAUGCCUUGAAGAAGGUCCAUUUGGCUCAGGACAGGGAAAGGCUACUGAAAGAACUUGAGCAAAUGCAGAAUAUGGAUCGGAUGCGCAGAAGACAGAUUGUGGCGCAGAUGCCACCUCAACUUUUUAUGCCUGCAUACAAACGCAUGGAAAUAAAAGAAGAAUGGCAGAGAGAGUUGGAGUUUGCAUUUGAAGAUAUGUAUAGUGAAGACAUGAAAAUUAAAGAAGACCUGAUUUUGCAGUUUGAGCCACAACCUUUGCCAGCCCCUUCUGACAGAUCUCAAGAUAAUGAUCUUGAUAUCUCUUUGGAGCAAGAAUCUGCUUGUGACACUCAACCAGAAUCUACUUGUGAUACCCAACAAGAAUCGGGACAGAUGAUAGAAGAGGAGGUCCCCAAUGAAUCAGAAAAUCAUGAAGAAGCAAAACCUCACCAACCUCAGUCAAAACUUGCCUUAAAGAAAUUGCUGAACAAGAUUAGAAGCCAAAAAGAGGAGUGGACAUCAAAAAGUGAGAAAGAGAUUCACAGUGAAAUUGAGACUAUUGAAUCAGGCACAAUUGCUAGUGAAGAGAGACCAUUAUGUGAUUUAGAACUUAACUAUGAGCAACAGAAAAAUACAGUAUGUGAAGCCAAAGACUCUAUGGAAAUGUUGGAAAAUACAGUUGCAGCUGAAAAAUCGGUUCUGAUGCAUCCUCAAGAACAAGCAGUUAAAAUUAGAAUGGAAGAGGAGAGACGAAAGUGGAAUGAGCAAAUAGAGAAACAGAAACAGGAACAGCUGGCCUUGCUUAAACAAAUUGAAGAAGAGAGAGCACGUUUGGAGGCUGACUUUCUGAAGAUCCAAAUGCAAACCUGUUUGGAGGAGGCUAAGAAAAAAAAAGAGGAGGAAGAGCAAGGUCAGCUGAUACAAAGCCACAGCAUUCCUUCUGCAGAUCAGCAGAACAAAGUGGAACAUGAGACUGGAAAUACUACUGUAUCAGAAACCAGGAGUCCUAUAAAAGACAGCCAUUUACAGAUGAUUCGUGAUUAUCAACAACGCCUUCUACAGCAGAAUAGGCUCCACAAACAGACCAUUGAAGAAGCUAGAAAGCGUCUACAGGAGUAUCAGAAUAAAUUGAAGCAAAGAUACUUGUCUACUUCUGCAACACCUCCGAGCUCUGGGGAAACAAAAUCAGUUAAUUUAAAGCCUGUCUCAGAACCACUUCUACAGAGGCAAGGAGUGCAACCAACACAGUACCAGCCAUCUGAACAAGUUCAUGCACAAGAGUAUGCACUGUCACUACCCAUGUUUCCAGGAACAUUGCAUAUGUUGGGAAGACCAUUUUCACAGAAACAUGAAGAGCAAAUGCGUAACGCUUGUCCUGGCAGACGUGUGCAGUUUUUAGAAACAUCAAAAUUGAAGCAUGGAGAGUUUUGCUUGUCAUGUGGCUGUCCUUCACAGGAACAAGAGGGAAUGUUGGAGACCUCCAAUAAUCAUGUCAGAGAACCGUCUCACUUCCAGUUACCAUCAGGGUUAGUCGUGAAAGAUGUCACUACAGUAAGAACGCAACCGGAAGCACGCAUACAGCAUGUUAGAUUUGUUUUGCCUGCAGAAGAUUCCUCUGAGCCUUUAGAAACAGUGCAUUUUAAAGAGUUGUCUCAGAAGAUGUCUAACCAUCAAACAGAGACAGAAGCUGGAGAAGAGCCUCUACUUAAGACACCCCUCAUGCCAGCAACAAAGGGAUCUCAUGUAGUUCAGGCAGCCUCAGUUGACUCUUUGGCAUAUCAGCAGGGAUCUGCAGAGACCACCAUCAAAACAAGCUUUGAACAACUCCUCAAUCUUUCUGAACCCGUGACUUUAUCUCACGAAGAAUCUAAAGCUCAAGGUGUUGAGGAAUUCUUGAUAUCAAAAAUGGGAGAUGCAUCUUUGUUAAAUUAUUCUGGUAUACGGAAUUUAAGGGACAGAGUGUUGGCUUCAUCAGAAAGCAUCCAAGCUCAGCAAAAGUAUUUGAAAGAAUUGCAAGAGCAGCUAGAUGCACAAAGAGAAGCUCUUCUUUCUAGACAGAAAAUACAAGAACAACUACUUUUACAGAAGCAAGAUAAAUUGAAGGAACAGAUGCAGAGACAGCAAGAAGCUUUGAAACAAUUUCUGAACAAGCAGGUGAGACAUAUCUGCACAAAUGAAGAAAUGACAGAGGUACAAAAGCCUGACUGGAUUAAUAGGACUGACUUUUUCCAAGUGUCAGAAAACUACCAGCAAGAGAAUUGUGACAGGAGUAAAUUUCACAGAAGUGAAAUGAUUACACAGUGCAUUGGUCCAGCUGAGCGAACUGAACAGUCUGAGAAAGUUCUAUGUAGAGAACAGAAAUGGAGAUCUUCCAAACCACCUGUGGCAAAAGUCAAGUUAGGGCUUGAUUUGGAACAACAUGAACUUAGUGUUAUACCAGAGGUGGACACACCGAAGAGUUGCAACAUUUCUUUUACAGGCAUAACGAACUGUGAGGAACAAAUCUCUAAUAGAAGUCCAAGGCAAAGUAAACAGUCAAGUAGAUUAUUACAAGAGGUGCUGAUGACAACUGCUGAAAAUUCGUAUGAUCCGACCCAGUCCCAGGAUUCUCAAGUGGCUCAAGAUUCACCAGUUCUUGCUGCUGAAAUUAGAGAGGGAGUUACAACGCAUUCUGGACCAUCAUUCGGACUUGAUAAUACGGAAGUACUUUCUAAAGUAGUAUCCAUGAACUUAGGUUCAAAGGCUUUCAUGCAAGGAAUACCCUGUGACUUAUCUUCAACAAUUUCCACUGGAAGCUUUUUGACUAGUGAAACGUUGGAUGUAAGCCCUGUUGACACUGGAUUGUCUUCUGAUAGUACAGAAGACCAAAUUUUGAGAGAAGCAGCAAGCAGCCCUUGGAACUCCUCGCUGCCUUUUACCUUGCAGCAGAGGCAAGAGAAUUUGUCUGGAGCAUCUGAAACUCAGUUGCCUGAAGGAGAGAUGUACCUUUAUAAAGGAAGCCAGAUACAGCAGAUUGUGGGGAAAUGUACUGGAGACUUGAACUCUUACUCGGAGGAUAAUACACGUUUCCAAGCUCUGGCAGCUGAACUUGAUUUUCCUGAAACAGAGACACAUUUUUCAAACUUCCAGCACCAGCUCUUUCAGCCUUUGGAACCACGUCUUGACUCUGAUACUUCAUCAUCCUGUUCUCAAUACAGAAUUUCACAAGACGGUAGAGAAUUUAGCAAGACUUCAAAAUUUUCAACAAAAAGUCAAGACAUGUCGAUGUUUCUACAAGUGGGAAAUUCCAGUUUGAAUAUACAAAGAAGCAGUCUGCCUUCUAGUCUUGAAACAAAUGGGCCAAGCAACAUUACGUCAGAAGAAGAGUCUAUUAAAGAAAAUGUUACUCUGGGAUCUGAAGACUCUUUUCACCCGCUGCAAUUAGAAUCUACGCUGAGCAAUCACUGUCAGUACACUGAUCAGCCAGUGGACCAUAAUGCUGUCUUACAGAGGUCUUCAGAACAAGCCCCUGGCAUUAAAAAACAGGCCAAUGAGAACUGUGUUUCAUCUGCCAGAGAAUACGAAGAACUGGCAAGGAAUAUGGAAUGUAUUAAUCUCCAGUGUUCAAUAGAAGAUCUGCGAAAUGAAAGUCUGAAUCCACUGGAAGACCAAAAAUCAUUUUAUCAGCUAAAUACCACACCAGUUACAGCGGAUGAAACUCUCCCUCAACACUUACUAAAAGAGGCUGUGUCUUCUGAACAAUUACCUCUGGAGGCAUUUGGUAAGAAGUACGUGAAGCUUCCUGAAAAAUCAGUCCAUGUACAUGAAGCAAAUAAAGCUAUGGAACUGGAUUCUCAGUGCAAUACUAAUAAAAAGGAGCCAGAACAAGGCUUUCCAGAAGUACAAAAAUAUUCGAGGGUUCCCAGAGGAACCGACUUGGAAGACUCGGACAUCCAUUUACAGGCUGUCAUACAACAGAAUGGUUCUUUCCUGGAAAGCCAUGAAAAACUUUCUAAUUCUGUGCCCAGAAUCUCAUGUCGUAUUCCAGUCUGGGAGACUGAGUCAGGGCAUGGUAUUAUGGAAGAACCUGAACUCACUCUGAUAAGCUCAAAUGACAUCAGUAUUGCAGAAUCAGACAUUGAACAUACUAACCAAGAGAAAAUUAAGGAGGGUAAAAUCAAUAACCCAGCAUGUGUGAAUCAGUCUAAAAUUAAUGUUUUUACUGAGGAGAGAGAAUUUUUACCGCUAGCUCCAGAUGUGGAUUAUUCAGUGUUCGUAAGGCCUGACAGUUCUUCCAAAGCCCCGGCCCCCAAGGACAGUCACUUUCCAUCACAUCAGACUGCAGUGAUGCUGCUGGAGUUUGCUUCUACACCAGAAAAUCUGCAAGAGUCUUUUUUAAAAAGAAAGAAGAACUUCAUCCAGAAAUCUCUGAAAAGGGUAGAAGAAAUAAAAAAUAAAGAGAGAAAAAAUGAAAAGCCAGAAGCCAAACAGUUUCAAAGAAAAAAAUGUGAGAAGUUCAGCAGGCAAAAGGCGUCUUUUCUUAUCUCUGAAAAAAAAGGUGCAGUUGCCAAUCAUUUGAAGAAAGUAGGAGAAGUGAAAGUGUCUUCUCCAGAGGACAGGAAGUCUGGAGAAAUUGAAAUGCACCAGCGUGCUUCAAGACUUUAUGAUCAACUUGCAGAAGUAAAAAUCAGAAAGGAAGAAAGAACAAGGCAAGAAACUUAUGCUAAAAACAGAGAAAAGGCUAAAGAGUUUCAGAAGAAAAUGCUGGAAAAACUACGAGCCAAGAAGACUUGGAAAGCACCAUGACUGGCAGAAGACUUUGAGCAAUAAGGAGCACUACUGUGUUGGUACAAUCUAAGACACCACUGAAUAAUGCAGACUUCAUUAAGUU